UUAAAAAGUGGGAGAAAGGAGAACACACCGCGAAAUCUACUGUUACAUAUUUGCCUGGCUAGACAUGUUCAAAUAGAGCAGAUACCGAACGGCUGUCUUUACUGAUAACAGCCGACUGUGUGUCCAUUCACACAUACCGUUGUCGCCAUUCUGUGCACUGUUUGUGGUAAGCAGUUGAACGAUAACGCCAUAUUUAAAUUAUCGUUACCUGUUUCACCGUUAUAAUACGUUAUCCAGUGCUGUAAGGGGAUAUUAUUGUGUAGUUUUACUACGACAUACCUCUCAUCAUACUUUGUGACUUUACAUGGGGCUAUUGGACUGAGAAGUUAGUGGUCAUGUAACAGAGGCCGCCGAUGCUCGAAGAUGGAUUUCGACAGAUAGACAUAUGGCAGAAAUCAGAAAGCGGAAUAUUUGAGAAAUGGUCAGUUUCGUGUAUCAAUCGGAUGUUGAUUCUUUUUUGAAAUGCUAUAGAGAGUGUACCAGGUGAUAUUUAUAGCUGUGGAGUAAACAUAAAGGAUGGUCGUGCAUAUGCCCGAGUUUCUAAAAACGUGUUUUUGUUUGAUACAGAGAAAUGGGUUUCUUUAGAAACAUUACAAAGAUGUUGCCCUCAGUUUUUCGUUAUUUAUACUUGAUUAAAAGAAGAUGUACUAAAUCAUGUCUAGUGCUCUUCAUGUUGAUAGUUGUAGCAUGUAUGGUAUAUGGAUACAUCACUUAUAUGAAAACGCCAGAGUACGUGUUUAUUCAUAAGGAUAUUCAUAGUGAAUGCAUCUUACCUGAUAUUGACAUAAAUGACCCUACUAUUAACAAAUACUAUAGCUGGCAUCCUCAACCGCUCGAGUGCGACCCCACCCCGUCGCUCACCUUGGUGGACAAAUCUGGAUACUUAAGAUUUAACGACAGUAUAUAUAAGCCGUCACAGAAUGCCACAUUAAAGUGUGUGUACAGCACGAUUAACCUUGUGACCGAUUUCAAGGUCAACUUUGAAACUGAAAUAGCUUUCUCAGGUCCCGUUGACGUGCCAGCAGAUUGCUUUAUAGUACGGUGUCGAAAUCCGUCCGGAAAAGUGGUCUAUGAAAACCUUCAUCAGAAAAUAGACCGAAAAUCAAAAGAAAAAACAAGAGUGAUAAAAGAGGAAACAGAUGAAGAUCUCAGUGUAUUUAUGUUUGGAAUAGAUUCUGUUUCGCGUUUAGGAGCUAUUCGGAAACUUCCGAAAACUGUGAAAUAUUUAACAGAAACCCUCGGAGGGCAUGUUCUGAAAGGCUACAACAAGGUUGGUGAUAACACGUUCCCUAAUCUAGUACCUUUACUAUGUGGGAAAUCCGUGGAACAAUCUAAAGUCGAUUACCAAAAGGCAUUUUCUGACAGCUACCCCUUUAUCUGGUAUGAGUUUGAGAAACAAGGAUAUGUCACAAUGCAUAGCGAGGACUGGCCCGAGAUAGCCACAUUUGAUCAUUCGGUACCGGCAGGAUUUUCUAAACCGCCUACGACCCAUUACAGCAGACCUUUAUGGUUGGCGAUGCGGAAGAUUCAGCCAAUGCAAUAUAUGAUAGAUCAGGUGUUUAUGUUUUUUGAAUCGAAGGCGAUGAAGAUGAAGACGUCCUCAGGAAUGUGUUACGGAAACCGGCCAAACCACAUGUUAGUCGUUGAUUACUUCAAGAAAUUCGUGCAUGCAUACAAAGGAAAGCGAAAAUUUGCAUUUGCUUGGCUCAAUGAGCUGGCGCAUAAUUACGUAAAUUUUCUAGAAUACGGAGAUAACGAUUUCAUGGAGCUGCUGAAAUGGCUGCAUAUGGAGGGACAUAUGAACAAAUCCGUUCUUGUUUUCUACAGCGAUCACGGAUCAAGACAGGAUGAAAUACGAAACACAUAUGUAGGGCGAAUCGAAGAUAGGAUGCCGUUUAUAUCAAUAGUGCUACCGGAAGUGUUAAAAAAGAGAUAUCCAGAGAUUGUUGAAAACUUAAAAGCAAAUGAGAAAAAACUUACAACGGUAUUCAAUAUACACGAGGCACUUCGAGACGUAUUACAUAAAAGGUAUGGUGGUCGGGCGAGUGACGUCAGAGGCAAUGACCUGGCGCCGCAGUCUAUUAGCAUCUUCAAACGCCUCCCUGAAACGCAGUCGUGUGCAGAUGCAAAGAUUCCUGAGACUUAUUGUGCAUGUUACGCAUCGCAUCCUAUUGAUAAAUCAGCACCAAUUGUAAAAACAAUUGCAAACUUUCUACUACAAUCUAUUAAUGAAAUUCUACUUCCGGUACGCGAUAAGUGUGCUAAGUUGUCCUUAUAUACGAUUAUAGAAGCAAGGUCUAUCGAAAAUAGUCUCGAAAGGAAAGUUGAUAAAGAAACCAAGUUCACUUUGCUUAGUUGGAUAUUGACUCCCGAACAAAAGAAUGACCAAACAUAUCUGAUCGUGAUAAGAACCGUCCCCGGGAACGCGACAUUCGAGAGUACGGUGAGGCAGACUGACAAGGGUGUAUUGAAGAUACUGGGUGAUGUUUCCCGAACUAAUCCCUACGGUACACAGUCCGCCUGUAUGCAUAAAAGGUAUCUCAAGGCAUUCUGCUUUUGUACAGUAGCAUACAAUGCCUCUCCUAAAAUUUAAGUCUAAAGUUGUUUUUUCUAAAGUAAAGUUUAAUACUCUAUAUAUGGGGAAAUAAUUGUGUUAAACACUACCAUUUGUUUAACGUUUACAUAUUUUUUUAAAUUAAAGCUCAAUGUAUAUGGAUAUAGAAAUGAAACGAUUGAUACCUCACGAUGCGAUACGGUACGAAUCGCAGUACGAUGUACGAUGCUUACGAUACAAUACGUAUCAAGGUAUCUGCUUUAAAAGUCGAUUUUUAAAGGAUAGUGUGCAAUUUUGAAAAUGGUAGCUAUUAUCAAAAGAUAUUUUAAAAGUUUUCUAGUAUUUGUUGUUAUGACUUCACAGUGGACCAAAUCUUUACUGAAGGAUUCCAAAGCAAUAAUAACAACUUUUAGAAAUUAAUAACAAGGGCUGGUUGAUGAAUUCAUUACUGUUAGUGUGUCUCGAUAUCUCGAUAAAGGCAAACGAAACCUUCUGAUUCGAUACUCGAGAAAAUAUCCCGUUAUGAAACAAUUCCAUUAAUCGUUGCAGCCCUAAACUAUAUGUUGUAUAAACAAAAUUGGAUUGAAUUUUUUUUAUAUUUUAUAGAUACAAGAAGGACAUAAAAACUCACCUCUUCACGGUUGCAUAUUAGGCUCUUUGCCUAGACGUCGUGUACAACCCUUUAUUUUUUCAUUUAUGUGCACAAUGAGAUGAUUAUCUUCUUGCUUAAUGUAUAAUGGUGAUUGUAGGCCUUUUUUGCCGGAAUCUAGUGAACAGUCGCUUUAAACCAUGUCUUUUUGAUAGUAACUUAUUGGUUUAUACCCAUAGAUCAAAUCGGUGAAUUGAACCAAGAGUGGGAUUGAAAUAUUUAGUGCUAUAUAAUGCUAUGUUAACGUGACGUCAUUGUUCAGCUUUGAUAGUCUUUGUUCCAGCAUUAUUCAAUUCAGGUUUUGCAUGGCAAACUGGACAUACAACCAGAUAAGGAUGAGUAUUUUUUCCAGAAAUAUAUAGAUAUGUUACAACAGUAUACAUCACUGUCAGAAAUUCAAAAAAUGUCUCGCGUGAUCGUACACAUUCUCCCGUGGGCUACACCAGGCUUUUGUAACCUGUAACGAUCCACAAAGAAAUAUAAUAGUUUUCUCCAUCUUAGAUAAUUAAGCCAGGUUAAUAGCCCUCACAAAUCAUCCCACACGUGCAAUACCUCGCUUUUGACCUUGUUGUUGCGAGUCCGCCAAAGCGUGGGAGUUAUGGUUUCUGUCCCCUGACCGUGAAAAGUCCUAAAGUUGGCUGUGAAGACUGAUCAGCCCUUUGACCGUAUAACGUUAUCAGAUGACUUAUGCAUGCUAUGACUCAUUCACGAAAAUGCCAUUUAUAUUUGCAUAGCAUAUAGGUGACCUUAUCGCAUUGCUUAUCGAUUAGAUGUCGAUCUGCAUUCCGUCCGCCGUUAAGCCGUCCAGAUUUAAUGUAAUGAAUGUUCUUUUAGAAGUAUAAAGUUUUAUGAUAAAUGAAACUAAUUAAGGUAUAAUGUUAAUUAUAUCGACAAUACCGCAAUAAUAUAUUGUUAUGGUUCGAUGUUUAGUCAGUGUUCAAUAUAUAGAUAACAGCGUACUAGAUACUUUUCCAUAUUGCUAUACUUUAACGCUAUGACCUUAGACUAUUACUGCCAACUGUGUGAUUGUGUAUAUUUGUGUGUGUACUAUUAUUCUGGAAUAAAACCCACACCUGUACUAUAUUAAUACUUAUCUACAUGGUUUAAGGAUCCCGUACCACUGCUUAAAACUGUAACUGCUCAUCUAAACACGUUUUUAACAUGACAAAAUUAUAAAUUCAUUUCUGAAAAGAAACUUAUGCCUCGGGCAACUUUGCUUUAAAUUGUAUUCAAUGAAAUAAAAAUUGUAAUCAAUAAACGUGUUCUAAGAAUAUUCUAACAGACCAACCGAAUCCUACUUGGGACCCAGACCCUGGAACUCCCAUCACAGUACAUAGGCUCUGGGUAACCGAGCUUUCUGACCAGCUGAUGGUCUCUUGUUAAGUCCUAGCAACUUCAGUUAUAUACAAAACUGAAAUUAAAUGGAGGUUUUACUUGGUAUAAAAAAACGAUGGAUUUUUUUAGUAUUUCGUCUGUAACGGGACAGUGAUCCUUUAAUGUGACUUCUUUUAAGGAUCCCUGUCGAACUGUUCUGUAUAUUUUACUAUAACAGUAACCUCCCCUUAGGUUCCGUAUGUUUAUGCAUGUAACUGAAGCACAAUUCGGACAAAAGACUUU